AUUUGAGCUCCAGUCAGUUAGUUAGGAACACAAAUCUCCAUAGGACUUUACGCAUCUAGGCUUUUUAAUGACUUUCAUGGAGGAGCAACGGUAUCCUGUUAAUGUCCGACUGAUUGGAGUGAUGCACAAGAAGAAAAGCAAAGUAUGGAUACUUGAUGCAUGUAAUACUACUGCUGCUAUUAUGGGAUAUUUCUCCAGAUUUCUGCAUGAGAUGAAUUUGGCAGCAAUGAUUUAUACCAAAUAUUUAAUUUAUAUUUAUAACUUAUUUCUAAUUUUCAGAUGUACAUGACCUCGGUGCUUUGGUCAGAUCAGAAUGACAUCAUUGUUUACAGAACCUUCAAGGACUUCAAGACACUUAAUGUAAGUUACAUCUUCAACUGCAAUUCAAAUUGUCAGAUCUUAUGUCGGCUACAAAAAUGCAAAAUAUAAUAUGUAGCCAUACUUUUCUUACUUAUGCCAACUAUUUAUCCAAAACAGGAACAAAUGAAGAAGAUAUUUCCACCUGCGAAUCCACUUAAAAAAUCGGACAGGAUUAUUCCUAGAUUUCGAGGUAGGCCAACAUUGUACUUUUAAUAUCAUGUUGCCGAUUGAUGUCUAUCAGUGGUAUACUUUAUGAACGAAUAAGUUAUUAAUAAUUCAUAAUUAGUCAUCAUCAUCUAUUCCUUCAUUAGACUGGAAGAUGAAGAUAAACGCAAAUAAUAAAGGUCCCAGCAAGUCGGUGGUCCAGCUGAAGUUUUUGGAGAAAUACUGCAGCGAGCUCCUCAGCUGCGACCCGCGCGUCUCACAGUGUCCUGAACUCAUCCGGUUCUUCCACCCUAAGGACCAAGAACUACAGCCAGAGUUUGCCAAGAAUAGGUAGAUUAUAGUGAGAAUUACGCACUGUAUCCUGAGCAUUACCCACAGCAUUACGCACAAUUGGAACGACUUCAAAUCCAGUGUCCCGUUAUGUUUUAGUGAUUUAAUUUAGUACAAGAAAUAGUAAUACAUUUACAAUGUGACUUCCGUCCUCAGUAUCUUGAUCAUGCCUUCAGAGGACUCCGCUGGACAUGAAAAGAGUGUCAACGUUGGCAACGUGACGCAGCCGUUCGUAACGGAGGCAUACCGGUGCAUGGCACCCUACGAGACCAAAGACACCAAAAACCGGCCUUUCAAAGUGGCCGUGGACGAAAACGUGGACGUGCUCAUCAAAGACAAAGCAGGUGAGAGAAUUUCUGCUGUGCUUUACCUUGCGCAAAGUAUUAUGUGCAAGUAUUUUACUCUGUAAUAAACAUGUAAAAUUGCAUCACUUUUAAACUCUGCACCAAUUGAUCGAUUCUGUGACAUGUAAUGGGCUUCAAAGAGCUGAUCAUAAAUGUCCAUCACCUGUCUAACCCCUCUCCCUCUGCUCCCAGGCUGGUGGCUGGUGGAGAAUGAGGACAAGCGUAUGGCCUGGUUCCCUGCUCCAUACCUGGAGAAGGUGGAGGGGGAGGAGGAGGAUGAUGAUAGGGACGGGUCCUAUGGGGAAAGUAAGAGACCAUCUCUUAUUCCUUACACAUAUGCAUUUAUGUUUUCUAUGGCCUGGGAGGGGAUAAUCAGGGGUACUGUCUGCAAAAAUGUUCACAUCAACAAAUAUAUAAAACGUUCACAUAUAGCUGAUGCACCAGCGUCAAGACAUAUGCACUGCAAAUACUGUACUGUGCAUGUACUGCAAGGUGUGGACUACCACUGACAGUAUAUUGCCAUACAUUGAUGUUGCACCUAUCCUAACAUUCUGCAUCACCCACCCAUAGGUGUGCUGUAUAGUGCUGUCAGAAGCUACAAAGCCACGAAUGGAGACGAGGUGUCUGUGGACAUUGGCUCAGUGGUGGAAGUCCUGCAGAAGUCUGACAACGGCUGGUGGCUGAUCAGGUAUGUUACUGAACAACACCUGUCUGACUAAACAGGGAGAAUACAGUAGCUAUAACUGUAAAAGAGAAUCAUGACUUCCAGACUGUCGGAACCAUGGAAUCAUAAUGAUUAGAACUCAUACUAAUUAUAUGGUCAGAUGACAGCAAAUGCAUUGAGAGAAUGGGAAGUGAAUGGGAAUUGAAAGUCAUGGUGCAGACAGGCAUGCAGAGUAUCAUCGCCCAUCCAUCAUAUACCAUGCAGAAACAACAACGCUGUAAUUAUCUCACUACAUCACAAGUCAUCUUUAGUUGAUUCUGAUGAACCAAUUACCAGAGAUAGCUGAGCCAUUGUCUGCUCAAUGCUCUUUUGAGACAACCUCUCAGCGUGUUCGACUCCUAUCAUUAGAAAAUAGUUGGUAUGCUGAUAUUUCGAGAGCUUGGGACUAUAAGGUUCUAUCUGCAAAAAUAUUAUUCUUUGAUAAUUGGCUUUAAUGUUCCGAACCCUCAUUGGUUUGAAUAGUAACAGCGAUUUUUAUCUUGUAUUCUUUUGAACUUAACAACAUUCAUUGGGGUAUUUAGAGUACUAUAUACAGUGGGGAAAAAAAGUAUUUAGUCAGCCACCAAUUGUGCAAGUUCUCCCACUUAAAAAGAUGAGAGAGGCCUGUAAUUUUCAUCAUAGGUACACGUCAACUAUGACAGACAAAAUGAGAUUUUUUUUUCCAGAAAAUCACAUUGUAGGAUUUUUAAUGAAUUUAUUUGCAAAUUAUGGUGGAAAAUAAGUAUUUGGUCAAUAACAAAAGUUUCUCAAUACUUUGUCAUAUACCCUUUGUUGGCAAUGACACAGGUCAAACGUUUUCUGUAAGUCUUCACAAGGUUUUCACACACUGUUGCUGGUAUUUUGGCCCAUUCCUCCAUGCAGAUCUCCUCUAGAGCAGUGAUGUUUUGGGGCUGUCGCUGGGCAACACAGACUUUCAACUCCCUCCAAAGAUUUUCUAUGGGGUUGAGAUCUGGAGACUGGCUAGGCCACUCCAGGACCUUGAAAUGCUUGUUACGAAGCCACUCCUUCGUUGCCCGGGCGGUGUGUUUGGGAUCAUUGUCAUGCUGAAAGACCCAGCCACGUUUCAUCUUCAAUGCCCUUGCUGAUGGAAGGAGGUUUUCACUCAAAAUCUCACGAUACAUGGCCCCAUUCAUUCUUUCCUUUACACGGAUCAGUCGUCCUGGUCCCUUUGCAGAAAAACAGCCCCAAAGCAUGGUGUUUCCACCCCCAUGCUUCACAGUAGGUAUGGUGUUCUUUGGAUGCAACUCAGCAUUCUUUGUCCUCCAAACACGACGAGUUGAGAUUUGACCAAAAAGUUCUAUUUUGGUUUCAUCUGACCAUAUGACAUUCUCCCAAUCCUCUUCUGGAUCAUCCAAAUGCACUCUAGCAAACUUCAGACGGGCCUGGACAUGUACUGGCUUAAGCAGGGGGACACGUCUGGCACUGCAGGAUUUGAGUCCCUGGCGGCGUAGUGUGUUACUGAUGGUAGGCUUUGUUACUUUGGUCCCAGCUCUCUGCAGGUCAUUCACUAGGUCCCCCCGUGUGGUUCUGGGAUUUUUGCUCACCGUUCUUGUGAUCAUUUUGACCCCACGGGGUGAGAUCUUGCGUGGAGCCCCAGAUCGAGGGAGAUUAUCAGUGGUCUUGUAUGUCUUCCAUUUCCUAAUAAUUGCUCCCACAGUUGAUUUCUUCAAACCAAGCUGCUUACCUAUUGCAGAUUGUCUUCCCAGCCUGGUGCAGGUCUACAAUUUUGUUUCUGGUGUCCUUUGACAGCUCUUUGGUCUUGGCCAUAGUGGAGUUUGGAGUGUGACUGUUUGAGGUUGUGGACAGGUGUCUUUUAUACUGAUAACAAGUUCAAACAGGUGCCAUUAAUACAGGUAACGAGUGGAGGACAGUGGAGCCUCUUAAAGAAGAAGUUACAGGUCUGUGAGAGCCAGAAAUCUUGCUUGUUUGUAGGUGACCAAAUACUUAUUUUCCACCAUAAUUUGCAAAUAAAUUCAUUAAAAAUCCUACAAUGUGAUUUUCUGGAUUUUUUUUCCUCAAUUUGUCUGUCAUAGUUGACGUGUACCUAUGAUGAAAAUUACAGGCCUCUCUCAUCUUUUUAAGUGGGAGAACUUGCACAAUUGGUGGCUGACUAAAUACUUUUUUCCCCCACUGUAGGUAGAGAACAUUGAACAGAACAAGGAUAUGUCAAUAACUCAAUUUUGACAAAAAUGCAGAUAGAACUUUCCAGACGUCAGUUCAACGUCUAGUUUUGAUUUACAUUUGGUUGAGUUGUCAACUAAUGUGGGUGAAAAAAAGACAAAAUUCCCUUACGUUGACUUUUUUCAAAUCCAACCAGUUUUCCAUGUUGAUUCAACGUCAUCACAUGGAAUAUUUUGGUUGAAAUUAUGUGGAAAUAACAUUGAUUCAAUCAGUUUUUGCCCAGUGGGUUAUAAUCUCAAGUUCUCGAUUUGUUUCUUACUGCAUACCUUUUUACUAAACAGUACGUUCAAAAUACUAUGUAGUAAGAUUAGUACACAGUAUGCAGUUUAAGUAAGAAGUAGCCAAGCCAGAUUUCGGACACGACCAUUGACUUGUCCAUUUAAGUGAAAGCUAGACAGACAAAUGUGUACAAAGGCCACAGACUUGUCAACUAUCAUUACCUAGGAGAACAUAUUGUACCAAGGCUUUGACAACAUUGGGAUUUCUGAUAUGAAAUCCGAACUCAUGUCAGUUUCCAAUUUCUCACUUCUUCUUUCUCCUCUUGACAGAUACAACGGCAAGACCGGCUACGUACCUGCCAUGUACCUGCAGCCCUACAACAACCCCCGUGUCCGCCUGGCGGCUCUCAACCUGGCCCAGCUGCAGCUCCCCGGCUCCAGCUCUGACCACAAGCUGGCCGGACACUCCCACAAGCUCAGCCGUUCCCAAGGCAACCUCCUGCAGCUGCCCGGCUCUUUUAAUGUUCUAUCUGAGCCUCGGCCUAGCCCUCCACCUGUGAUGUUCACCACCCCCGCCCCGGCAUACCCUAGCAAGGGCACUCCAACACCUACUGUCAUGGUGGAGGUGGACCGGGAGGUGGAUAGACGUGAGUACAGCCUGACUGGCAGCAAGGGUAGCAUGGGGAAUGAGGGCAGCAUGGAAAGCGAGGGCAGCGACUUCAGCUUCAGCGACGACGGCGUGUCGGAGGGGAGGAUGGUCCACGGAAGAUCAGACCCAAACCUGUUCAAGAUGGCCCCCACCACCCCCAAGGUGCCCCCCAGGCCCAGGGCGCAGGAGAUCCUGACGCGCUGCACCACCGUCACGCGCAAGAACGCCUCCAAAGCCAGUCUGUCGCCAGCGCCUGCUGAGACACUGAGCCGAUAAAUUGGAGCAGUGUUGACCCAAAAUGGUGGUGAUUCGUUGGUAGCCAGUCCUUCCUUAGCCUUUUAAAACCGAAGUUGAAGACAGAGUUGUGGCCAGGAAAUGUGGUGUGAUCUCUUUAUGGGUUACAUGAAGAAUCCAAAGGCUUUAGCACAGAAAGUCACCGUACUAGAAGCCCAGAAGAUGGACUGUGGGACUUUUAUGAUGUUACCUGAACAUGAUUACACUGUGACAUGAUUUACAAGUGUUUAACUGUGCCUUGGGGCUGGUCAUGUAACCAUGAGUUGUGAUAUGGGAGGAAGAAUCAUACGUUACUGUAAUACUCAGUCACAUAUUGAGUCUUUAUUUUUUUUAUGUGGAAGUUUACUUCUUGCACUGUUAGUCAGGCCUACUUCCAUGCACCUGCACAAAUGGAUACUGACACUGAAACUCAUUCACUGAUAGUAACUGCAUUGUAGACAUUUUAAUGUGGUCUGUUCAUUCACAAUUUAUUUUGUGGAUGAACAAAUAUUAAGGUUGGGGGUUUACUGUCAUUUGUUUACAAUCCUCAGUUUUAAUUAAUAAUUUUUCUUCACUUAAAAAUGUGAGAAGUCUGAAGUCAUAUACUGGUAUAAUGAAAAUAUACACUUUAGUGAAUGAACAUUCAGUAGCAAUUUAGAUUUCAUCGUUUCUACUGUAUGGCCUUGAAUCUAGAGAUCUCUAUUUUCCAUACUGGAAAAGUACUAUUGUGCCUUAUAUGCAUGUUAUUAGCAACUAUGGUUGAUUCCACAUCAUGAUUCCCUCAUAUUGUACUGCAUACUGCAAUAAAUUCUAAUACAUUAUCAUACUAAAAUAACUUGUCCGCCUCUCUUUGAAUGGAGAAAAUAUGCUGAUUUCAACUUAACAGUGUGUUGUGUUGUGUGUGGCCUACGCCGAGUGCUCUACAGAUGACACUGGUUCCAUCUCUUUUCAUCCAUAGCAAAGCACCCAAUUUCUCAGUCUCGGUGUCACCAUUCCUAUCCACCGCUACCUUACUAUUAAUCAUAUUCUGGGUCACAAACUGUUAGGCAUCUCCCGGAGUCCACUGACUUAUACUGUUAGAGCUCACCCUGAGUCCACUGACAUACUGUUAGAGCUCACCCUGAGCCCACUGACAUACUGUUAGAGCUCACGCUGAGCCCACUGACAUACUGUUAGAGCUCACCCUGAGCCCACUGACAUACUGUUAGAGCUCACCCUGAGCCCACUGACAUACUGUUAGAGCUCACCCUGAGCCCACUGACAUACUGUUAGAGCUCACCCUGAGUCCACUGACUUAUACCAGAGAUCCCAGACCACACCUGCACCACCCUGUGAUAGGGACAGACCACUGACUUAAAUAAAAUGUGACAGACAGACACACAGGGUGACAACAUGCUUAACAGGCUGGACCAGUCUAAUGUGGUAAAGGAAUACAGGCUUGACCUUAUUCACCCGUUCCUGUGUCUCAUGGUUUAUGCCCCAAAUGCCCUAUGGGACUUUUAUGUCAAAUCAUUUCAUAAGUUAAGCCUUCAAACAUACUCUUUUACAUGAACAUAUUGGUUGAUGUUUCAAAUGAAUAUGAACUUAUUAAAAAAAACAGCACAAUAAUUAUUUCCACAAGGCACAUUUUAAUCCAGAUGCAUUUGUAAUCAUCAUGACAAACAAAAUAUAUUGUUACUUAAAGGAGGCUUUUGUUGUUGUUUAUGUGGAAGAGCAGGACUGCACAACAAUGUACAAAUAUAAAAAUUAACGAGUGCUGGUUUCUGUAGAGAAGAGUGGGGAGGAAGUCACGGGUAGAGCCUCGACAAUUUCUGACCACUAGUAGCAGGCUUCCACUAGGUACCAGUAGCAGGCUUCCACUAGGUACCAGU